AUGGCGGCAACAGAAGGUCAUCCGGACGCCGCCUCGUAUGCCGCCUCCGGGUACGGUAACCGCAUGGGCUGGGGCGCGCGCCCUGCGCUCCUCCUCAUCGAUAUUUGCAAAGCAUACUGGACCCCUGGCUCGCCACUCGACCUCUCCGGCGACCCUGCCGCAGUCGAGGUCCCCGCCAGUGCAGCACGCCUCGUCGCUGCCGCCAGGAAAGGUGGUGUGCCGGUUCUGUGGACAGCGGUGGAGUACACCGAUCCCAGCAUGGCCGACGCAGGGCUCUUCUGGCUCAAGGCGAAGACUCUGGCUGUGUGGCAGACCGGAAGCGAGCUUCACUCACAAGGCUUGGCGGAUUGGGUGAACGAGGACCUGACACCGAGUGAGGGGGACGCGGUAAUUAAGAAGAAGUAUGCGAGUGGCUUCUUCGGAACGACGCUUGCGACGGAGUUGAGGUGUCGAAAUAUUGAUACGGUGGUCAUAUGCGGGGUGGUGGGGUCCGCAUGCGGCGACCGCAGCGAGGAGAUCCAAAAGGCUAACCUGUUCGACUUGGAUUCCAAGUACGCCGACGUGGUAACGGAGGCUGAAGCAAUAGAGCAUCUACAGACAGGGUGGUUAGGGGCAUAG